AUGAAGGGUCACAGUCAAGCAAUUAAAGGUCUCAUGAACCAGGAAGAUCAUGAUGUUGGAUUGCCGUUUUCAGAUGUCCAGAAGAAUGAUAAUUUUGAAGUUAAAAUGGUCUGUGCUCAUAAUGACUCUCAAAUAAAAGCACUUAAAGUCAAAAAUAUCAUUGCUGGAAAAGGUGGUAAAGAAAUUGAAAACGUUAGAAAUUGGCCAUUGGACUUGCAGGCAAGUAAACGAGAAAAAAGUAUGAAAAUGAGUGAAGUUGCAAUAAAACCAAAAAGAGUUUCAUGGAAAGCCAAAUUUAAAAAAUGGUUCAAAAGAUUUAAAAGUGGCGAUAAAGAAAAUGAAGGGGAGAUGAACCAAACUAAUUAUCAAGUCGACUUGCCUUUCUCUUCUGAUGUCCAGAACAAUGACGAUGAUGAAACGAAAAUGGAAAUUCAUCAAAGAGAAUCGCAAUUGAAAGAUCAAAAAAUUGAAAAUAUUGAUGAGAGAAGUGACGAUAAAGCAACUGAAAUGCACGUAAGCCAACCAGAUAAUAAAGUUAAAUUCGAUGGGUGGUCAUCUUUUGAUAGCCGGAAUUACGACAUUGCUAAAGGGAAAAUUCACUUCGUACAAAAGAAUUCUCAAGUAAAGGAAGUAAAAGUCAAAAACCUCAUCAUGAGUGGUGAUGACAAAGCAGUUGUAAACAUUAGAAAAUCGCCACCUGUCCUGCAAGCAAAUGAACGAGAAAUGAGCUUGAAAAUCAAUGAAGUUAAGACCGAACCAAAAAGUGUUUCUUUGAAAAUCAAACUAGAAAAAUGGCUUAGAAGGUUUAAAAGGGAAGAUAAAGAAUGUCAAGGUCACAUUAGCCAGUCGAAACAUGAAGACGGGUUGACAUCAUCUGAUAUCAAAACUAAUGACAAUGCUGAACUGAAAAUAAACUAUGGUCAAACAGAUACUAAAAUGAUUGUUGAAAAACUCGAACAGAUAACAAUGAAAGGUAACGAUAAAGAAUUCGAAAGGUGCACGAUACAGCCGAGGUAUGAAGUUGGGUUGUCAUCUUCCGAUAUUCAGAACAACGAAGAUGCUGAAAGGAUAAUGAAAUAUGCACAAACCAAUCUUCAAAUGGUGGUAGAAAAACUCGAAAAGAUCCCUUUGAAAAGUGACAAUAAAAAAAGUGAGGGGGACAUCUGUCACACAGAUUACGAAGUCGAGUUGCAGUCUUCCUGUAUGCAGAGAAACGACGAAGCUAGAAAUAAAAUGGACUGUACUCAAACACAUCCCCAAAUGAAACCAGAAAAACUUGAAAAUAUCAGUGUGGAAAAUGACGACAGAGACACUGAAAAAAACAUGAGUCUACUAGAUUAUGAAGUCAUUUUGUCAUCUUCUCAUAUCCAGAGUAACGACGAUGCUAAAGGAAAAAUGAAAUACGGUCAAACAGAUUUUCAAAUGAUGGCAGAAAAACAUGAAAAUAUCGCUAAUGAAAAUGACGAUGGAGAGUUUGAAGGGUGCACGAUUCAUCAGAAGUAUGAAGUCGGGAUGUCAUCUUCUGAUAUUCAGAAUAACGAAGACACUGAAAGAAACAUUAACUAUGCUCCAACCGAUCUUCAAAUGGUGACAGAAAAACUCGAAAAGAUCUCUUUGAAAAGUGAAAGUAAAAAAAGUGAGGGGGACAUCUGUCACACACAUUACGAAGUCGAGUUGCAAUCUUCCUGCAUGCAGAGAAAGGACGAUGCUAAAAAUAAAAUGAACUGUAGUCAAACAGAUCCCCAAAUGAAACCAGAAAAACUUGAAAAUAUCAGUGUGGAAAAUGACGACAGAGACACUGAAAAAAACAUGAGUCUACUAGAUUAUGAAGUCAUGUUGUCAUCUUCUCAUAUCCAGAGUAACGACGAUGCUAAAGGGAAAAUGAAAUACGGUCAAACAGAUUUUCAAAUGAUGGCAGAAAAACAUGAAAAUAUCGCUAAUGAAAAUGACGAUGAAGAGUUUGAAGGGUGCACGAUUCAGCUGAAGUAUAAAGUCGGGAUGUCAUCUUCUGAUAUUCAGAAUAACGAAGACAAUGAAAGAAACAUGAACUAUGCUCCAACCGAUCUUCAAAUGGUGACAGAAAAACUCGAAAAGAUCUCUUUGAAAAGUGAAAGUAAAAAAAGUGAGAGGGACAUCUGUCACACAGAUUACGAAGUCGAGUUGCAUUCUUUCUGUAUGCAGGGAAACGAUGAUGCUAAAAAGAAAAUGAACUAUAGUCAAACAGAUCCCCAAAUGAUAACUGAAAAACUUGAAAAUAUCUCUGAGGAAAAUGACGAUAGAGACACUGAAGAAAACAUGAGUCUACUAGAUUAUGAAGUCAUGUUGUCAUCUUCUCAUAUCCAGACUAACGACGAUGCUGAAAGGAAAAUGAAAUAUGGUCAAACGGAUUCUCAAAAUAUCUCUAUCAAAAGUGACGAUGACGAAUUUGAAGGGUACAUGAUUCAGCAGAAGUAUGAAGUCGGGAUGUCAUCUUCUGAUUGUCAGAAUAACGAAGACGCUGAAAGAAACAUGAACUAUGCUCCAAUCGAUCAAAUGAUGACAGAAAAACUCGAAAAGAUCCCUUUAAAAAGUGAAAGUAAAAAAAAUCUGGUGGACAUCUGUCACACAGAUUAUGAAGUUGAGUUGCAAUCUUCCUGCAUGCAGAGAAACGACGAUGCUAAAAAGAAAAUGAACUAUAGUCAAACAGAUCCCCAAAAGAAACAAGAAAAACUUGAAAAUAUCACUGUGGAAAAUGACGAUAGGGACACCGAAGAAAACAUGAGUCUACUAGAUUAUGAAGUCAUGUUAUCAUCUUCUCAUAUCCAGAGUAACGACGAUGCUAAAAGGAAAAUUAAAUACGGUCAAACAGAUUCUCAAAUGAUGGCAGAAAAAUACGAAAAUAUCACUAAUAAAAGUGACGAUGAAGAAUUCGAAGCGUGCACGAUUCAACAGAAGUAUGAAGUUGGGAUGUCGUUUUCUGAUGUGCUGAAUAACGAAGACGCUGAAAGAAACAUGAACUAUGCUCCAACCGAUCUUCAAAUGGUGACAGAAGAACUCGAAAAGAUCCCUUUGAAAAGUGAAAGUAAAAAAAAUGUGGUGGACAUCUGUCACACAGAUUACGAAGUCGAGUUGCAAUCUUCCUGUAUGCAAAGAAACGACGAUGAUAUAAAGAAAAUGAGCUAUAAUCAAACAGAUCCCCAAAUGAAACCAGAAAAACUUGAAAAUAUCACUAUGGAAAAUGACGAUAGAGACACUGAAGAAAACAUGAGUCUACUAGAUUAUGAAGUCAUGUUGUCAUCUUCUCAUAUCCAGAGUAACGACGAUGCUAAAAGGAAAAUGAAAUACGGUCAAACAGAUUCUCAAAUGAUAGCAGAAAAAUACGAAAAUAUCACUAAUAAAAGUGACGAUGAAGAAUUCGAAGCGUGCACGAUCCAGCAGAAGUAUGAAGUCGGGAUGUCAUCUUCUGAUAUUCAGAAUAACGAAGACGCUGAAAGGAACAUUAACUAUGCUCGAACCGAUCUUCAAAUGAUAGCAAAAGAAUUCAAAAAUAUCACUUUGAAAAGUGACAAUAAUGAAAUUGAAGGAAACAUGAGAAAUCCAGAUCAUAAAGCCUGGUUGCCAUCUUCUGAUAUUCAGAACAAUUACGCAGAUGAAAAAAAAAUGGACUCUGUGCAAAGAGAUCCUCAGAGGAAGGCCCCAAAACUCAAAAAUAUUGCUAUAAAAAGUAUCGAUCAAGAAAGUGAAAUGCACGCGUGCAAGCCAGAAUAUGAAUUUGGAUUUUUCGGGUCGUCAUCUUCAGAUAUCCAGAGUUACAACACUGCUGAAGAAAACGUUGACUUAGUUCAAAGAGAUUCUCAAGUAAAGACACAAACAGUGGAAAAUAUUAUCGCGAGAGAUGAUGGUGAAAGAGUUGCAAGUUUUGAACCUUGGACAUUGGACUGGCAAGAAGCUGAACAAGAAAUAAGCAGGAAAAUAAAUGAAGUUCCAAUUAAACAAAAAAGAGUUUCAUGGAAAACCAAGUUAGAAAAACGGUUUAAAAGGUAA